AUGGAGAAGUCACAUGCCACCUAUCUCUCUCCACAAGAUCUCUUGAAAAGUUAUCAACCCGCUGAAGUACCUUUCUCCGUACUAUCAGAAGAGGAGAUUGGCGAGCGGGAAAACGAUGCAUUGCUCAUUCCGAUCGAUGUCCCAGAUUUAUCUGGAGAAAUGUAUUCCGCGCCUUUGGAAUUAGAGGAGGAAAUAAUUGAGCCGGAAGAAGAAAUCUCAAUCAUCCCAAUCAACAUCCCAGAAGCAUCAUCAAUAUCCUACUCCGCACCCCUAGAAGAAGCCCCAACCGAGGAACCAAACUCACCCCACAAAAUCCGACUCAACGCGCCCGCCUCCUCACCCAAAUCCCACACUCCCUACUCCAUCCGCUACGAACUCCCCUCCCCCCGCUCCACAAUCAUCACCCAGAAAGACAUCGGAUUCCUCUCCGACGCCGGAGUCCGCGGUUCCGUAUCCACCGUCUGCCACGGAACAUUCCACUCCCAACCCGCUACCCUCAUCCUCUUUACAUUUAUCUUCCGCUCAGGCGACCAUGGAUUCCGCUUCAAAAACGCAAGUGUAAAGAUUAAUUUCUCCUCUUACUCUCCCCCCUCCUCCUCCCCCCCCAAACACCCACCCAGACCCCCUCCAUCCGUGCGCUCGCCCCCCGCAAAAUCUACGGCCUCCCCAGCACCACCCACCAAACACGCAAACUCACAGGGGAAAUCUCCCUCCAUGUUCCCCUCGGCGCAACAUCCCUCGGUCCCUCCACCUCCCUCUCCCACGAAUCCUCUUUCGCGCUUACGCAUCGCUACGCGCUCGUGGGAAAUCUCUGGUCGCGUCCUCGUUCUUCCACGUGGGAUGCAGCGUACUGGGAUUUGCGCGAGAAUAAGCUGA